AUGAUAAAGAAGAAUAAAGGUAUUGGAGGGAAGAAAAGUAAUUUACAAUUAUCAGGAGAUAGUUUAUUAACAAAAACACUUUAUGUUCAUAUAGAUGGAGUGUUAAUAAUAAAUAAAGAAGAACCAAUAAGUUCAAAUUCAACAGUUAAUUAUCUAAAAAUAUUAAAGAAAGUUGAUCCAACACUUGAUAUUUCAGCAUUAACAAAACUUAAAGCAAUAACAAUACCAGCUACACCAAAAUAUAAUGAAGAAAAAGAUAAUUUGAAUCAUGACUUAAUAUUAUAUUCUGAUGCUAUUAUUGAAUCACCUAAAUGUUUAACUCCAAGUAAAUGUAAAAAAUCACAAACAAAAUAUAAAAUUAUUAAUUUACUUGGUCAAGGAUCAUUUGGUCAAGUUGUUAAAUGUUUAGAUUUAACUACUAAUCAAUUUGUUGCAUUAAAAGUAUUAAGAAAUAGACCAGCAUAUUUUAGACAAGGAAUGUUAGAAAUAGCUGUUUUACAAUUAUUAAAUGAAAAAUUUGAUAUUGAUGGUAAAGGAAAUACAAUAAGAUUAUUUGAUCAUUUUUUAUAUUGUAAUCAUGUUUGUAUUGUAACUGAAUUAUUAGGAAUAAAUAUUUAUGAAUUAAUGAAACAAAAUGGAUGUCGAGGAUUUGGGUUAAAUGUUUCAAGAACAUUUUUAAGUCAAAUAUUAGAGUCAUUAAAUAUUCUUUAUAAUAGUAAUAUAAUUCAUUGUGAUUUAAAACCAGAAAAUGUAUUAUUAAUAGAUUAUACAAAACAAAUUAAAUUAAUUGAUUUUGGUUCUGCAUGUUUUGAAAAUAAUACUUUAUAUACCUAUAUUCAAUCUAGACAUUAUAGAGCACCAGAAGUUAUUUUAGGUUUACCUUAUUCUACUUCUAUUGAUAUGUGGUCAUUAGGUUGUAUUGCUGCAGAAUUUUUCCUUGGAAUACCAAUAUUUCCAGGAAAUAGUGAAUAUAAUCAAUUGUAUAAAAUUAUUUCAAUGAUUGGUCCUCCACCAACUGAAUUACUUGAAACUGCCACAAAAUCAACAAAGUAUUUUAGAAAAAGAAAAGGGUUAAAUGGAAGAAUUAUUUACGAAUUUAAAACAAAAAGUGAAUUUGAAUAUGACAAUAAUGUUAUUAUUGAAUCUAAUAAAGAUUAUUUCGAUUAUACUUCUUUAGAAGACUUUUGUAAUAGAGUUCCUCUUCGUGUCUCUGCUAGAGAUGAAUCAAGAAAAUUAGAAUAUAGAAAAGCCUUUUAUGAUUUCCUUAAAAGAAUCCUUGUUUGGAAUCCUCAUCAUCGUCUUCGUCCUAUACAAGCUUUACAUCACCCUUUUAUUACAAGAGAAUUAUUUAAUGGUUCAUUUGAAAUUCCUCGUUGUGUUUCUCCUUUAAGAGAACAUCCACCAUCAUCAAUUCAAAGUAUUGACGAUACGUUAUUGGCAUUAUAUCCUAAUCCAGUCAUUGCACAAUCACAAAAAGUACGUUCUUUUUCGCCAACAAGUUAUUAUGAACUAUACUUAAAUGCUCUUAAUAAUGGUAUUGUAUUAAGUAUUCAAAGCUCUAAUCCAUUUUCUCACGUUCCAAUGACACCACCUGUUCUUGAACAAAUGAUUGCUGAUCAAAAACUAAAAGAACAUUAUGACCAAAUGAGAAGAAAUGCUAGUUCUGUUGAUACAAUAAAAAAGUUUUCAGACGAAUUAGUUGUUCAACAAUAUGAAGAUAUAAAUACUCAAUCACCAAAUCCUAUCGACAAAGAAAAACACAAAACAAAAAGAAUUAUCACUGGUUUUAGAUCAGAUGAUAUUGCAACAAGUGUUGGAAGUACUUCUUUCAUUGGAAACCAUAAAAUUAAUCAAGGCUCAAUGGAAUAUAAUUCUGAAAUUGCUAAAAGUUGGAGUAAAACAACUGAGAUGCGUAUCCCUGGUUCAACAAGUGAUGACAAUGUUAUUAACCAAAUAGAAGUAGGUCAUAUUCUUAACAAUGUCAAUGGCUCACCAACUGAACAUGACCUAAAGAAAGCUCAGAUGAAAGAAAAAAGAAAAACUUCGCAACUAGAUCAUGAAAUCAAUGAAGAAGAAAUAAAAUAA